AUCAAAGAAUUAACCCGCCAAAAUUUCAUAUUGUCACGGAGUUUAAUACUGCGCAUGCGCGAAGCAGACGAUUCUUAUAACCUAUAAAUAAACGUGAAUGACUUCGAGAAAAAGUUCAAACAAUUAUCAUUCAUUUUAUGCCUCUUGUUAAUAUCAAUGGCUAUAAACACGAAACAAACCAUGCCAACAAUUAAAUCUAAUUCGGUGGAGAUUGCAAAUCUUCAGGAUACUUUGACACCCUUUGGUGUACGUCUUUCUGGAAUUUAUAUGCGGAGUUUUGCUUAUGUUACACUUAAGGAUAGAUUACCCAUAAUAUUAACAAAAAUUAUAGACAACUUUAGUCGUAAUAAAGAACAAAUCGCAGAAAAAUUUGGACAGAAUGCUACGGAAGAAAUAAAACAAAUGGUUGGAUUUAUAAGUCAAUUGAAGAAUGAAAUUGUUACUAAUAAGGCAUUGAAAAUAUUACCAACGAUAGAAAAUGACGAUGAUAAUGAUGCAUCUGUUUGGAACAAGUAUUUGGAAGAUAAAACUGAGAAAGAAGGUACCGUACCAACCUGGUUUAAUACAGAAUGGUUGUACUGCGAAUGCUACAUGUAUCGUAGUUUGGUACAAAAAUUUCUUCUUAUGAAUGCUUUACGUACGUAUGAUCCAUUUCAACAGCAGAAAAGAGAUACUUUUAUUAAUUCCCUAAAUACCAUAAAAAUUCUCAAUAAGUAUUUGUUAGAUAUAAUUGACAGAGUAAAAUUAAUGGAGGAAGUUGAAAAGAAACAAAAAUUCUUUAAAUUAAUCCAAUUGAAUCUGUGGGGAAACAGAUGUGAUUUAUCUCUAAGUGCAGGAUCCGAUAGUAGUCAAAUUAGUAAUCCUAUAGAACAAUUAGAAACUCUUCACAAUUAUAUACUUGAUAAUGCCACUGAUUUUGCUUGGCAACUUCUUAGUAAACAAAAACUAAAUGAUUCUAAUAUUAUAGACAUGGUAUUAGAUAAUGCAGGAUAUGAACUUUUCACUGAUAUAUGUUUAGCAAUUUUCCUAGUUAAUUUUGGCUUAGCCGGAAAAGUUAGAUUUUAUGUAAAACGGUAUCCAUGGUAUGUCAGUGAUACUAACACUCAUGAUUUUCAUUGGGUAUUGGAUUAUAUGAAAAAAUCCUCAAAUCCAGAAUUAGAAAGAACAGCACAGUUAUCUUAUGAUUACUUAAAAAACAAUAUUUGGACCAUUGAGGAAGAAUCUUAUUGGACAAGUCCUUACGAUUUUGCAGAAAUGAAAGAAAAGGAUAAAGUACUAUAUGCGAAAUUAUCAGAUGCAAAAUUAGUAAUAUUUAAAGGUGAUUUAAAUUAUAGAAAAUUAUUGGGUGAUAUAAAUUGGGAAUACACUACUUCAUUUAUGGAAGCAUUGAGAGGUUUUAGACCAACAAAUAUUUUGAGUUUGAGAACAAUAAAGUCUGAUGUUUGUGUUGGAUUACCACUUGGAAAAGGUGAAAUGUUAUACGAAAAAGAUGAAAAUUGGAUGAUUACUGGUAAAUAUGGUCUUAUUCAAGCAACAGUUGAAAACGUUUGUAACUGUUCCACUAUAUGUUAAUAAGCGAAAUUAAAUUAAAGAUAAUAUUAUUGUUAUAUCUAUAAAGAGAGAGAAUUUUAUAUAAAUUUAUUAAGUCACAUAAAUGCAACAACUCCUAAUUCGUCUAGUUGCAUUUAAAUCUACAGAUUGAUAUAUGUAAAUGUUUUCGAGUAAAAUAUUAAUGUCAAUGUACAUGUACCAUUUGUUAAAUCUAUUAAAUAUUUUUCUUUUUUCA